AUGGAGUCAAACAGCAUUUGUGUUGCAAGAGACUGAGAGAACAAAGCCAGUUAUUACCAAAAAGAACUGAAGCUCCACUUCUGUGCUAAUCAUUAUGAGCUAAACAGUAAAGAAAACUGGGUUAAAAUGGAAUCAAUUGGAGAUCUCGAACAGACUCUUGCCGUGACCCAGUCAUGUAAUAAAAACUUUCAAGUUGCGGUAGAAUUUCAGAAGAAUAGAGGAGAUAUGCAAGAAUCUAUUCACUUGUCUCAGCAGUUGCAAACCCAAAUGCAAGACAUUUCAGAUGACAUUGCAAAGUUCAAAUUAAAUGAGGAACUCGCGAACUUUCAAAUCAUUAAAGCCAAAAUCAAAGACAUUUACCUUCAGUUGAGGAACGAAGAAGGGUUCAAGCAGUUCUGUGUGGUGAACUACACUCACCUCAUGUGAGACUACCUUGAGGCUGAUAAAAGCAAAGUAGACUAUAUUUUAGGAAUUGAGAACAAUGGAGCAUCAGAAAUGGACUUAGAUUUAAGAGCCGGCAACAAGAAAACCAAAUAUUAUAGAGAGCUGCAGAAAGAACUUGUUGAAUUGAAACAGAGAGCCAAAUCAUUGAUGAAUCCAUCAACACUACAGGGGCUUGAGAAAUGCUACAAUUUGAUUACUAAAAAUAACCAGGAUAUUGAGGCCAGCAAAAGGUUUAUACUUGAAUUUGAUGAUGAAAAAGACAUCGGAUUUGUUAAAUGUUUUGGAGGCAAGAUUGUUCCAAAUCUUGAAAGCUUAGCAAUAGAUAAAAUACAAGAAAACUUGGAAGUUGCAAAAGGAUUUUUAUUUUCUUCUUUUCCUCUCUCAGUUCAGAAUUUUCAAUUAAAUUUUGGAGGAAGAAUGCACAAUUGCGAUGAAAUUAUUGUCGUCCUCUGAUAUUUGAAUCCUAGAAUAAUGAGAAGUUUGUGAAUUUAUAACUUUGAAAUAAGCCAAAUUCAAAUGAAGAGAAUAUUUCAGAUUCCCAAACAGAGCAAAACUUAUUUUGGAUUUCGAUGUUGCAAACUUGAACUAGACUCGAUCCCUGACUUUGGAAACUCUCUUGAUUGAUCAAUCAUUGAAUAUCUUUGUUUUAAUGGUUGAGGUCAACCUGAAUACUCAGAUUGGAAGAACCAUCCAAAAAGAUUUACUAACUUAAUUGAAGGACUUUCUAGAUCAGCACAUUUCAAACAAGAAAUCAAGAAAAUCGGACUAAUGGAAUGAGGAAUGACUAAAAUCAAUGUCCAAACAACUUUGGGAAAGUAUGGUUUAGAACAUGUUGAGAUAUUGGACCACUCUAUUUAAUAUUUCAAUUUAAACAACAUCCAAUUUCACAUAUGACAGACACAACUUUUAAUGCUGAUAAAUUAAUUUGGACUCAUUCUUACUUUACAAUAUUUUGUAAUUUUGGCAAGCCUAUUUAAUAAUUUCUAAACUUUUGCCCUAACUUGUACCCAAACCAUAAACCCUUGAAUAAUCUUAUCAUCUAAAAUACUCAAUUUAAUUUGCUAUUUUCUGGGACCAGCUUUAGAAUCCACUGAUGUCUACAAAAUAUUUAUACAAAGAUAGUCAAAACCCUUCAACUCUACUAUAGAAAUAUCAUAAAAUCUUAAUUUCUAUUUAUCUUC